CGUGUCUCUGGCUUCAUUGUGUGUCCAGUGCGUGUGUAGACAAGGUGUCCUUCAUCUUCUGCUUCUUUUCGGACAAUGCGUAGAUGAAAUUAUAAAUCGCUGGCGACACUUUUAAAAAAGGCUUUUCUUUUAUAGAAGGCCUAGGUUUCCAUUCGUUGGUUGUCUACAUGCUGAGCUGAAGCAGCGAUCAUGUCUGCGUUGCUAAAUUCCACCCAGUCCAUUUUACACGAUGCGUACAACUAUUACCUCUGGACACUCUCAUUAGCAGAUCAUCGGACGCGCGGAUGGCCUCUAGUCGACUCGCCCCUGCCCACGAUGCUGUACACUGUCCUGUACCUGGCGAUCGUGUGGGCCGGACCCAGACUCAUGAAGGACCGGGAGCCCUUCAGACUGACCUGGGCCCUUAUACCCUACAACCUAGCCAUGGCGGCGCUCAACUUCUACAUAGCCAGCGAGUUGCUCAGCGCUUCUACAAAGCUCAAGUACAGCUACGUGUGUCAGCCCAUCGCACGCCUCUCACAUCCAGAAGAACUUCGGAUAGCGAACGCCGUCUGGUGGUACUACGUCUCCAAGCUGAUAGAAUUCUGCGACACUUUCUUUUUCAUCCUGCGGAAGAAGGAAAACCAGCUGACCUUCCUCCACGUAUACCACCAUUCAACGAUGUUCUCGCUCUGGUGGAUUGGAAUCAAAUGGGUGCCUAGUGGAUCCACGUUCCUCCCGGCAAUGGCAAACAGCUUCAUACACGUGCUCAUGUACACUUACUACGGCCUGUCUGCUCUCGGCCCACACAUAGCUAGAUACCUCUGGUGGAAGAAGUACCUCACUAUCUUGCAACUGAUCCAGUUUACAACAGCAAUGAUAAUGGGCAUCAAUGGAAUAAAAUCAGGUUGUGAUUUCCCUCUGUGGAUGCAAUACGUCUUAGUUAUCUACAUGAUUUCCUUCAUUGUGCUGUUUGGCAACUUCUAUGCCAAGGCAUACAUCGAGAAGGGCAAGAAAGCAUUAUACGGGGAGGACGCGGUGCUUCAUAAUGGCUUCAGCAGCUUCUCGAACAGUGUCAUGAGCUAUUCCCAAACAGACAGUAGAAAGCAUCAGUGAGAACCAGGAGAAACACUGGCGGAGACAGACGCAGAACAAAUUACGUAGAGAAUGGGAAAUCUUUUAUGGAGCUUAAAGCAGAGAAGAAAAGUACCAUUUAAUAACAUGCAAUAAAAAUAAUAACAAUUUGAAUAAUUUUAUACGCUGUGAUUUACGUAAAUAUGUGCACAACAAAGUUGUUUUAUUGUUGUACGGUUAUUAACAACGCAUUAGCUACUUUCUGUUACUUCUUACAGUAGCUGAAGUAUUUUUUUACAUUUUCAUUUGGUAAACAUAACAAUAACUGGGUACAAUCAAAAUAUUGCGAGAGGUUUUCCGGCGACUGUGUCUGCGGCUUGCUCGCGGACGAAACCCUCCGCACAGCGUCUGCUGGCCUCGCACAAAUAUGUAGCAAAGGCACUGAGGUAAUUUUUCUAAACUAAUUGUUUUAUUAUUGUAUAAAAAUAUUAGAUUAUUUUUUUUGAACAAAGCUGUAAAUUGUAGUGAACAUCCAUUUGUGCCAUACAAUGAAGGUUGAUCAAAAAAUCAAGAUAUCAUGGAACUGUAAAAAACAAUAAUUAAUGACGUGUAUGUACAUAGUUUUUAAGUACGAGUGCAAUUCAAAUUGCAGUCUACUGAGUGGUGAAAAUUGUUUGCUCCUGCAAAUGCUCAAAUAUAUGUUUCAGUUAUAGUUCUGAAAGAGUUGUUAUUCCAGAACCUUUGUUAUCUUACAGAGAAAACUCUGCUGCUGAGUUAAAUUCUACUCGAUUAUGUUGGUCACACUGAAGGUAAAAUUUGUAUGCUGUGUGUGGCAGCAAGACAUUUUCAUCAUUUAUUUGCUGAGAAGUGACUGCUCAAAACAACCUGGAUCAGUGAUAAUAAUAAAACAUGUCAAGUUGCUA